AGACAAAAUCAACGCUCUGAAACAAAAGUUAAACUCUUUGGAACAGGAGUUGGAGCGAGAACUGAGAACUCUCAGCAAACGUGAGAAUUCAGUGAAACAAGAGUCUGACAGGAUGGUAGUAACCAAAAAACAACGUGUGCAGCUGCAUACGGAAGACCGGAUAAAGGGGUCGAAAAGAAAAUUACAAGAAACUUGUGAUCAUGAAUUUGGACGCAAGAAACGAAUAAAAUCUUAG